AGAGCGGCAAGCCAGGCUGGGGAAUAUCUCCAGCUGAGGAAUGUGAGGCCUCUUAUCCCACCAAGCUCAACGCCCAACAGCUUCUGAUAAAACUCAAGUAACACUCUGUCAGAAGUGGAGCCCUCGCCCGUUCAUCAAGAUUUAUUGGCCUAAGAAAAUAAAGGAAACUCCACAAAAGAAUCAGAGCCAUGACUGGCUGAUCUAGAACACACACGCCCUGGACAGCAGGUAAUUUCAUGCUCUUAAAAUGGGGCAUAAAGUGGUCGUAUUCGACAUUUCUGUCAUCAGAGCCUUGUGGGAAACUCGUGUCAAGAAGCACAAAGCCUGGCAGAAGCAGGAGGCAGAAAGGCUCGAGAAAAGCGCAUUGGAAAAGAUAAAGGAGGAGUGGAACUUCGUGGCCGAGUGCAGAAGGAAGGGCAUCCCCCAGGCUGCGUACUGCAAGAAUGGCUUCAUAGACACCAGCGUGAGGCUUCUGGACAAGAUUGAAAGGAACUCCCUCGCAAGGCAGAGUGCAGUUUCCAAGGAGAGAGACAAACGGAGCAGUGAGUUUGUGUUUGAACUUACGGGGGAGCACUGGAAGGAGCUCCCAGAUUCCUUGAAGGAGCAGACGCACCUGAAAGAAUGGCACAUAAGCAAUACCCUGAUUCAGAUCAUUCCUAAGUAUAUCGAGCUGUUUCAAGCCGUGAGGAUUCUGGAUCUGCCAAAAAACCAAAUCUCCUGUCUUCCAGCUGAAAUUGGUCGUUUGAAGAACCUGAAGGAACUCAAUGUGCAUUUCAACCGUCUGAAGAGCAUUCCUCCAGAACUGGGAGACUGUGAAAAUCUAGAGAAACUGGAUUGUUCUGGAAAUCUAGAAUUAACUGAGCUCCCCUUUGAAUUAAGUAAUUUGAAGCAAGUUUCAUUCGUAGAUAUCUCAGCAAACAAGUUUUCCAGUGUCCCGAUCUGUGUCCUGCGGAUGUCUAAUUUGCAGUGGUUGGAUAUCAGCAACAAUAACCUGAAUGACCUGCCACAAGACAUAGACAGGCUACAAGAACUGCAGACCUUUCUCCUGUAUAAGAACAAGCUGACCUAUCUUCCCUUUGCCUUGCUGAACUUAAAGAAGCUUACCUUGUUAGUCGUCAGCGGGAACCACUUGGUGAAGAUCCCGACAGCCCUUUGUGACUCAUCCACACCUUUAAAAUUUGUAAGUCUUAUGGACAAUCCUAUUGAGAAUACCCAGUGUCAAGAUGGUAAUGAAACGAUGGAAAGUGAACAAGAUCGCCAACAUUUUGAUAAAGAAGUUAUGAAAGCCUAUAUUGAAGAUCUUAAAGAAAGAAAAUCUGUUCCCAGCUAUGCCACCAAAGUAUCUUUCAGCCUUCAGCUUUGAGGCCAUCCAUCAGAAGACUACAGAAUUUUCCUGACUUGUGGAGCUGUAAAUCUUCCUGUUGUGGGUCAUGUCAUAGAGGAAUAAUGGCUUGUGCUUAAAGGCAAAGUCUAGAAACCACGGUCAUAGUUGUUAGGAAAGAUGAUUUUCAAAUUUCAAAUAUGUGAGUACCUCUCUCUGUGGACUGGAGAAUUGAUAAAUGGGUUUAUAUAUUGAUAUUUAAAGGUUCAUUUGCAUACAGUUGUUUCCAAAUAAUACACAUUUAAUAUUUUAGAAAAUGUGUUAUUUUAAAAAAAUUAUCACUUAAAGACCAAAUUUUGAAGUUAAUUGCAUUGUUUUCAGGAAUCUGGAGGUAAAGGGAUGAUGAGAAGAGUAUUUAUACUGGACUAGUCAGAUGAGACUUUAUUUUAUUUUGUUAUUUAGAAAGAGUUUUAAUGCAUUAUUUCUUUUACUGAGGACAGUUUUCCUUGGGUUUAUACAAAUGGCUAUUUUCAUGUUUUAAGUUAUAUUUUACAAGUGUAGGCUUUCAGGAAAGACUUUAGGUAUAAUCUGGACCUUGAGGGCAGAAAGAAGGGCUGGAUUGUCUGCCCAGGCCUGGGGUUUAGAUGGUGUGCUGGUGGCCCUAGAGGAGCAAGUGUGGGCCUGGCUGGUCCUGGGAAGCCUUGCAUGCCUGCAUGGAUGGUCAGCCUGCCUUGAGUGGGCCCCUUGGGGGUCCUGGGGUGCCUGCCAGAGCACAGAGCAGAGGCCUUGCUUCCAGGGACCUGUCCUCCAAGGUGGCCAUGUAAGUAGUGGGAAUGACUAGUCCACACUGAUGAGGAGUCCCUAGCAAGGCUUCCCUGCAGAUACUACAGGAGAACUCUGCCUGUGGCCGAGAUGCUGCGGUCCAGAGGGAGCUCAGGAGACUGGGUUUACAUUGGCAAAGAAGGUAUUCAUUACAGGGCUUUGAACUUCGAUAUCACAUUGUAGGAUUUGGAGAAAUUGUACAAAUAUCUAUUUUUAUUCUGUUAUCUUGGGCUAAAAUAAACAGGAUUGUGAAUGUGUUGAAGCUAAGUUUAAACAAGUAGCUUUUGUGACUAAGAUGGAAAAAAUGCAUAUCUUCACAUAUAUUUAUAUAUGAAUCGACUCCUAUAUGGUCUAGCCCAGUGGUGUCCAGUAGUACUUUAUGCAGUGAAGGAAAUGUUCUGCAUCUGUGCUGUCUAAUUUAGUAACCACCAGAUGCAUGUGCUUCUUGAGCUCUUGAACAGUGUCUGGUGUGACUGAAGAGCUAAAUUUUUAAUUACAUUUAAAUUUAAAUAGCCAAAUGUAGCUACCAUAUCGUACAACACGAUCGAGCCAUUUGGGUUUUUCCGAAGUUAAUCUGGGCUACAAAUGAAGAGGGAUUUUAAUUUUCUUAUCUGAAGAACCAGUCUACACCCAGAGGGGUUAAUACUGACACCCAACAUUUUGUCUUAAUAGGUUUAAUCAUAACUCUAAAUAUUUUAUCCUCAACAGACAUAAAGCAGGCAGAACAGUCUAAAGCCACAUACUAAUGCUUCAGUAGAGUACUGCUUCAACUUAAAGACAAACUCUGAGAAGUAGGUUAAGAGAUGGAAAGAGUAGGAAAAUGAGAAAUCACUUUAACUGAACCUCAAACAAUUGUAUUUUUCUUUAUAACACUUUACAAAUAUAAUGCAAAUUUAUUAGUUGUACUACGUGAAUGAUUUUGGAAUUUUAUUUCAUGCUACAGUAUAUGUUACAUACAGCCAAAUGGAAAAUAUAUCUGAAAAGGGGGGAAAUGAGGGCUUUUGCAUAAAUUGACUGUCCAUAACUCAUGUAAAAUUUAUUUCAGUAAAACCAGUCUUUUGUGCAAAAACCUUA